CUGACCCAGUAAGGUCGUGGGAGUGAGCAAGAGGACACACAAUAGCGAGGUGGUGUCUCUCCCCUCCCUGUGUGUCCUCUCCCUCUCCCUCUCUCUUCCUCUCCCUUACACUCCAUUCUCCCACGCGUGCUGGAAGACUCGACACAUCGACUGGGAGAUAUACACUAAUAGAAGAUUGCGUCAUAUGGAUUUUAAAGGAGUGUUCUAGUUUGUUAUUGAUAUUAUUGUUAUUGUUGGGUGGUACUACUACUACUACUACUACUACUACUACUACUACUACUGUUAUUGGAGGUUCCAAAACGUUAUAGACUCCCUUCAAACCAAGACUGACGAAGAGUGAAGAAAAUGGGGGACCGCCGUAGAAGCAGUUAAAUUGGAGACACAUAGGUGAGGGGGGCUCCACCGGUUACCUCAUCACCCCCUCCCCCCCUCUGCCUCCGCCUCCCCUCCCAUCUUCAUUUCCCUUCUUCGCUUCCAUUCCUGUGUGCCAACAGAUGCAUGCUCAUGGGUGUCUGGGGCUUGGCUGCGUGAGUCCUGCUCCGCCACAAUACACCCGCGCGAGUGUCCAUCAACCCCGCCCACUCAGGAGCGGGGAGAGGGAUGAGGGCGGGCGGGGCGUGGAGGGAUGCCGCUGGUGUAUUGUGGGCGGGGCGGCGCGUCCAAGCUGCUCCCGCUGACGGACGACCACGAGGUGGAGACGAGUGAACCAGUGACGUAUUGUGUGAGGGCGGGCGGGGAGGCGGGGCCAGGUGGCGUCGGCGGCGGGGGCGCGCUGCCAGACCCACCACGCCGCCACUCCUCGGCCUCCUUCUGCCUGGAAGCCGCCUGCUGCCAUGGCCGCGACAACGGUUACGCCGAGCCCUCCACCGGCCUCUACGCCCUGCUGGGUCUCUCCCGAUGCUGGUGGUUGUACACAGUAACAUCGUCGCCGGCAGCAAAGCUCACCGCUGACGCAAUGGAGGAGGGCGUGGCUACGGAGGAGAGGGGCGGGGCCGGCCCCGAGGUGACGGGGGUCGGCUGGUCCCUGCCAUGCAGUCUGUCUUCCCUCCUUGCCAUGAACUGUCGGGCGCGGGCGGAGGGCCUGGCGCGCCGCCUGCAGGCCAAGGUGCGGCUGGGCGGCGGCGGCCCCGCGUCCUUCGAGCAGACCUCGCUGGUGAGCCCCGGCCCCGAGGACCACUACGCCUCCAUGGAGUGCCGCCACUCCUCCCUUGACGACCCGCACCUCGACCUGCUGGAGGGCUCCAGCCUGCGGCCCAUCCACGUGGUGACCUCGGAGCCCACGCUGCACCUGUGCCCGCCGACGCAGCACCACCUGGUGAACCUCAGCGAGCAGGACUCCGACGUCUACUACGACUUUGACCUGGCCAGCCCCGACGAGGCGGCCGAGGCCGACGCCGACGAAGAGGCGCGCGCCGCGGCGGAGGAGAUGCCAGAUGACGGCGAGCAGCGGCGGCCCUCUGAGGGCGGCGAGCGGCCUGAGAGCGGCUGCGUCACCUCCGUCACGUCGCCCGUCAUGUUCGACGACGAACGGGACGACGAGGGCGACGAGGGCGAGGAGGGGCCGGGCGGCGCGGGAGAGCUGCACGCCCCCGAAGAGGCGCUGGCGUGCUCCCCCGACGCAGACCUACGCGCCGUGCGGCAGAUCCUGUCGUAUUCCUCUCUCAGCGACGCCCAGAACUGCUCGGUGGAGGCGGCGGACGAAAAUUGCGUCCAGAACGGCGAGUGUGCGAUGGGGGGGCGGGGUGGGGCGGGGUGCAGUGAGUGCGGCGGGGUGGGGCAGGAACGUGCGGGGCAGGCGGCGUCGGGCACAGAGGGCGCUAGCGAUCACGGGGACACCUGCCCGCGGCGCCCGGCGUGGGCAGCUUCGCCAGUCGCCAGGAGCGGGUCGUGCUGGUGCCACCACGCCCCGGGCACGCCGCCGGCCGUGCCGCGAACAUCGGCUGGUCGCCUCGCCUGUUACGCCUCGCCCACCCUGUACCAGGUCAGCAGCGGCAGCGACAGGUGUAACGGGCGGCCGAGCUGGGGCCUGACGGGCAGUGAGGCAUGCCAGGCUGAACACUGUGUGAUGAUCGAUAAUGAAGGUCACAACAAAGACGACCAAGGUCACCACGACACACAGUCACUAUCAGGGGAGGGCGGCCGCCAGCCCCCCAGGACCCUAUCCCCCCCGGCGGUGCCCCAGGACGCCUGCCCCGAGGCCCAGCUGACCGACGCCAAGCAGCAGCAUGACGGAGCCGCGGCCGACAGGGAGGAGGAGGCGGAGGACGCCCUGAAGCCCUCCCCGGACAGCGGCGGCGGCGCCUCCGAGGCUAUUUCUGGCAGCUGGCCGCCGCCGCCGCCGCCGCCCGCCGAGCUUCACCUCUACCCGACCUCUGCCGCCGACACGGAGGCGAAGGGCGCCGACGACGCCGAGGCCGACCUCCCACCUGCCGAGGGGGAGGGCGGCCUCGAGGAGGACACAGAAGUGAUCGAGACGCUGGACGAGGACGAGGAGGCGAGCUGCGAGGAGGAGGCCAACGAGGAGGACAUCGAGGAGGAGACCAUCCUGACGGGCAAGUUUCGCAACAUCCGGGGCUACAAGGAGCGUGUGCGGCGGCUCUCCGAGGAGGCCGAGGACGCGCCGCCGCCCGUCACCGUCGUCUACUACGAGGACGAUUGCCUACCGGAGCAGCAGGAGGUCGUCAUCGAGCAGGCGGUGGCGGCAGAGAAGGAGCCCGUGUCGGGGCCCGAGCUGGCCUCGCAGCUGUCCGAGCUGACGGUGGAGGACGUGGGCGUGCAGGUGGACGAGGCCGAGGCCGAGCCCUCCAGCGAUGAGGCGGCCACGCGCUCUUCCUCCGAGGAGACCGACUCGGAGCGCAUCGAGGACUAC